GCAAGAAGACGUUUGACAGGGAACACUGUAGUUUUACCGACUUAACGUCCUAGGAAUAAGAUAGCCAUGGCCCUGACGGGCAAGCUUGCUGGCCAGGUGCCUUGCAUAACAGAGCGGCGUGUAGCUACUCGCAUCGCAUUCCAGGGCAGCCGCUUGGCAGCGCGUGUGGCACCUGUGACCCGCUCCCGUGUUACCAGCCCAAUUGUGUGCCAGGCGGUCGCCGAGUACAAGGGUGACCUGCUCAACAAGUCCUAUUAUCCGACCGGGGCGGACGCUGCGAACGUGAACAAGCGGUGGUAUGUCAUUGAUGCGGAGGGCCAGACGCUGGGUCGUCUGGCCACGCUUGCUGCCACCUACAUCCGGGGCAAGCACCUGCCAACGUACACGCCAUCCAUGGACAUGGGCGCAUACGUGGUGGUAAUUAACGCGGACAAGGUGGCUGUGACGGGCAAGAAGUCCUCUCAGAAGACCUACUUCCGCCACGUCAACGGCCGUCCUGGGUCGUACACCGUGGAGACCUUCACCGAUCUCCAAAAAAGGCUCCCAGAGCGCAUCAUCGAGCGUGCCGUGAAGGGCAUGCUGCCCAAGGGCGCGCUAGGCCGCAACAUCCGGCUGCACCUGAAGGUAUUCCGGGGUGCCAAGCACGACCACGAGGCGCAGAAGCCCCAGGACAUCACGAAGGAGAUCAGCCUCAAGCCUAAGAACGGACCGGGCGCGCAAGUGCUCGCUGCCAAGAAGGCAGCGUAAAUGUACAGCGGCCAAAUAGGCGUGUAAUGUUGCUUAAAUGGAGACUGUGGGGAGCUAGGGUAUAUAUGUCGGAG